CGCUGUGCCGCCAAAAUGUCAACAUUAUGACUUCCCGAAUGGCGGGAAAAAAAAAUUUUGAAAAUUCCAACGAAAGAUGUCUUGUGGACGUCACAAUGACGGCACGAGCGGAUAGCACGCGUGACCCCAAAAUGCCCGGCACGCGAUGUUAUCAGGGCGAUAACAUGAUGUCGGCCGAAUGACGGCACGGAGACUGCUCGGAAUGGGCCACGCGUGACGUCCCCGUACCCCUGCUCUGGGACAAGGAAAUGACGGCAUUGCGCAGAGCACAAUGACGGCACGGAUGCUGUCGAUAUGUAGGUGCCCCACGUUAGGUGGCAGCACCUCCCGACUGCAGAGAGAGAGAGAGAGAGAAAGAGAGAGAGAGCGGCCAUGCUGCGAGCGAGCGAGCGCCGACGCCGAGAGUGUUCCGCAGACCACGGCACGAGUCGGUCGAGUUGGAGAGCGAGAGAAUAAAGUGAUUGUUUGAGAGAAGAGUGUCCAGUCUCUAGCCCAGCCUAGACUUCCUCUUCCUACAUUGGUGACCCCGACGCAGGCUUCUCGACGACGAGUCAACGAGCGCCGACGAGAAGAAGAAACGCACAUCUCGGCAAGUCUCUCCAGCCGCGGAGUCUUUGUCUCGCACGUCGCAACCAAGUCGAUCUCCUCGACACACGUUUUUUUUUUCGUAUCGAGGGCGGCAGCAACAAGUCCUAGCGACGUGCCGCCAUUUCAAGCUAUACGCGCGCAGGCACGCCGGCGCGUAUAGUUUCCCCGCAACUAUACGUUGCACAACGUGGAAGCCCUCGCCGAGGGACUAAAUCUUCUGCGCGAAGCCACCGUCACCGGCGCCUUCUCAUCGUCAAGGCCGUGACCUUUGGCGCUCUACAACAAGGAUUUGCGUGAAGCCAUCGACACCGGCGCCUUUCGUCCACCCAACCAACACCUCCUCAUCGGCAGCAGUAGUGGCGAAAUUGUAGCGUCGUGUGUGGCGAGACGUGCGACAAUCUCACACAGUUUCAUAAGGCUUAGGGCACGUCAGGCCUCUCACGUGCAGACACGUUGCUUCCUUCUCCCGGACGUUGGUUCACGCAGAAGGAACAACAAUCAUCUCUAGUUGAGAGAGUCCUCUUACACACGCCGCAAGGUCAACUCAGCGCCGCGGCAUAUACAGUCAUGGACAAGGUCAGAGAAGCUCGAACACAGCUGCAGGCAUACAGAAAUGCCUCUUCCGAUGAGCAACUGCGGGCGGAUUGCUUUCGAGUUGAUUUAGACCUCGAGCAAUUCGAAGUCUUCCUUCAGCAAGCCCUCGAACAUCGCGAAACACGAGCACUCACCACCAGAUACGCGAGUUCGUCAAACUUUCCGGUCAUCCAAGAUGCUCAAGUUCCUCAAUUGUUCGUUAACAACAAACCUGUAUUGCGACUUUUCCUGCGUGACAUCCUGUAUCGCGUUACUAGGAAAAAGCUCUGCGAAUACUUGUCAGCACAAGGGUGCACCGAUUUUUCCAUAGAUAGUCUUAAGAAUACAAGAAAGGGCUCCGUUGCGGUCAUUUCUUGCAAGUUACUGUCAUCCUCAUGCGCUAUUCAGAUCAAAUCUUGUAAAAAAGAACUGACUUUCACAGAUCCUAGAGGCAGAAUCUCAUACAUCAAAACGAGACCCGAUCAAUUCACUCAGCAAGAACCUUUACCGAGCACUCAGCCCGCAUUCAACAAAUUAACGCUUCUUCCCACUCCUCUUGUAGACAUUUUACAAUGUGGAGAUGUGAUCAAACGCUUAGCUCACUAUCUUACUUACAAUGAUUUCCUAAAUCUUUACACAGCUUGCCAUGAUGACCCCCAAUUCCAUGGCACAGCACUUCCAUUCGACUCUUGUUACGAUCGGUACUCUCACUCCAAUGGUCUGAAUAGAAUGCUUGAGGAUGUCAACAACUUCAAAUUCACCAGUAUUUCAUUCAAUACGUCAGUCAAUAUAAUAGAAAUUCCGUUUAUUAACAAAUUGUUAUGGCGCUGCGUCAGCCACAGGCCAAUUCCCGACAAGUAUCUUCGUCUGCGCGAAAUGGACCUAUCAGCUGUCACUGUCUCUAAGAAAACUUUCGAUCUACUCUCGGACAGUUUUGCAAUAAACAAGCUCACGUUGGGCAGCACCCCAGGUGGGUGCGACGAAUUUCUAACAGUGGCCAACUUAGAAUCACUGAACUUUGUAAAUAACAAAAACUUAUCGCUUAAGUUUUUAACCAGAGAAAAAUGCAGUUCUCUGCGUUCUCUAUCGUUUAACAACUGCCAAGAAGUGCCUAUCGAACGUCUGUUCGACUUCGUAAAAAACAACACACACCUUGCAGAAUUAAAUUUCUCAAAUUCUCAAGGUAGAAAGAGACACACAGUCGAUCUUAUUAUGUCAAUUUUCUCUCCGUCCAAUGUCACUGAAGCAUUUAGCUUCAACUAUUCAGCCUGUAAAGUGUUCCGUACUGAGAUCAUUCCUCGAGUAGUGUUCUUGCGUACGAAUACUCUCAGGACACUUAAUCUCGAAAACAACGACUAUUUCAAAGAUUUUGUUACAGACAUCAUAGACAAUGCGCCAAACCUAGUCGAGUUGAACUUAUUAGGAUUGGACUUCAAUUAUCCGUUACUUCUUUCAAAUUUACCUCAAUUACGGUCGAUCCGGAUAAAUUACAACUACCAUAUUGUAAAUGCACUCAUCAGUGCUGGUCCUAAACAAAUCUUUGAAGUAUUCAUAAACAAUACGUGGGGAAAGAAAAGAACUCGAGUAAUCAACCUAGCUAACUUAGCUGGAACGAUUCACGCCUGCGAACAAAUAGAUUUUAAGUUUGUUAACUGUCGAAUCAAUGUUCCGACGCACGUUCGCCAAGAUCUCGCUACACACGGCGUUAGUCUACGAGCGUUAGACAAUACUGUCUCUUUACUAAAGCCUUUGUAAAUAUUCUAAGUUCAUAUUAAUAAGUUCAUACCACGAAUUGUUACCAUUAGAAUUUACACAAUCGUUAUAUUGUAAUCUCAGAUUCUAAUAUCUUUAGUUUUAAUGAUAACUUCUGUAAACGCUCUCCAGCUACCGACACUUUGCAAUCAUAAAAAAUGUUGUAAUCUCUCUCCGUCAUAAAUUCAUGGAUCAAAAUAAUAAAAAUACUUUUCCGUUUUUUUUCAUUUUCGGGGGGGAGUACUGUAGGUGCCCCACGUUAGGUGGCAGCACCUCCCGACUGCAGAGAGAGAGAGAGAGAGAGAGAGAGAGAGAGAGAGAGAGAGAGAGAGCGGCCAUGCUGCGAGCGAGCGAGCGCCGACGCCGAGAGUGUUCCGCAGACCACGGCACGAGUCGGUCGAGUUGGAGAGAGAGAGAAUAAAGUGAUUGUUUGAGAGAAGAGUGUCCAGUCUCUAGCCCAGCCUAGACUUCCUCUUCCUACAGAUAUGCCAACAUGAGAUGUGCUCAUUAUGCCGGCAUUUUCAAAACAUUUUAAUUCGCGAGGAAAUCGCAGCUUGCGCAGCAUGUUGCCAUUGUGCCAGGAUUAUGCGAAGCUGUAUGAAAACAUUGUGCCUACAUUUGCGCAUUUUCGACUUGCACUAGCUUUUACUAGACACUUUACUUCUGUGUUGCGCAUCAAGAGAGACAUGGCGGGAACAUACCAGAUGCACAGCCACAGUCAUCUGCACAAAAAAAUAAGUAUAGUUACAUGGACAGCUAGAUGUUCCAGAAGAAGAGCAGCUUCGUUCAGCAAUCCCCAAGAAGAUAAUGGUACCUCGACAAAGAGAAAUUAUUUCAGAAAUAAGAGAAGAGAGUUCACAUCUAUUGUUAUAAUAGUUGAAAAAGGAAAGUAAAUAAUUAAGAAAAGGAAAAGAAAAGAAAGAUGAAAGAAGUAUCUGCGAUGAUGCUGCAGGUACAGCUUCCUGGACCCGCUUCCUAUCAGCCUCUGCUGGUGGAUGUAGGCAAGGACAGCUCGUGCACCAGGAGUUGUUAUUUGAAACGAUAUCUGAAACUGUGAGGACAAUAGAAAAUUGUUGCACUUAACCUCACUUUUUAUAAACUUUGUCGAGCGAGUAUAAUAAAAUAUAUUGAUUUUAGCAACAAUUGUUUCUAAAACAGUCAAAAGUUUAAGUUUAUAAUUUGUUAUGAAGUACGUUAAUACUAAUGAUUUUACAUAUAUUAACGUGAAAGUGACAUAAACUUUGAUCAAUAUCAUUACCGCGACCUUUUGUUAACAUUAAUAUAACAUACAAUAAAACACUAAUUAUAAAUAUUCAUUAUGAAAAAACGUUGAAUAUAAAUAUUGUUAUGCUUACCAAAGAUAAUGUAUUGCUGUAGCUGCUUAAACACUCAAUAAUUAUAUUGAAAUUCAAUUAUUAUUGAGUGAACAAAGAUUUUUGCUUUUCACGUGCGAAACGUCAAAAACAAAAGAGCGAAAUCGACCGAUUUUCCUGCGAGUAUAAAAAUGUCGGAAUCACAUGAACGGCGCGAAAUUCAAAUUGAAUUUUUGAUUUUUCGAAUUAUCUAACUAUAAAGACAAAAUUUAUUAACAAUAAAAAUUCUUACUUAUUAAUAAUCUAUAUGUAGAUAAGGGAAUUGUUAAUUUAAUAAUAACAAUUAUUAAUUAAUUUCACGAUGAAUUUACAACUAUUCUAAUUGUUCAUUAAACGUCAUAAAAACAUGUUUCUAUACAUCUAUUGAUAAUUCAAAAUAUAUCUUAAAUGUUUAUUAUAAAUUAAUAGAAGCGGGUUAUAUCCCUCUUAUAAAAUCGUUAAUAAAUUAAUUGUUAAACUUUAUUUGCUAAUAAAACUAACAAUUGUCAACAUUAUGCUACAUAUAAUACUUGUACAUAUAAUUACCAUCAAUUCACGUAAUUUUGUUAUUUAUUUCGUUAUAUAUUCAUUUAUAAACGAAUAACAACAACAUUUUGCGCAGCUCUCAAAUUGGGCCGCCCAACAGCCGACAGAUUGCUGACACGAUUAUUUAAAUUUUGUCCGCAUGUUGUGCCAACUGUGUGCUAUCACAGGGCAAACAUGUACGCUGGAUAAAAAUUUCCAAAAAAAUACGCCCUCAUUCUGCCUGAUUUUCGUGACAGCAAAAUGCUGCCACGCCGCGCGGCACGCCGAGCAGGCAUUCUGCUACCAAUCUGACAGCACCGAAAAUCGCGAAAUUUUUGAGCACGCAUUGAAGGCAAAGUGGUAGCAUUUUUCUCGUCGAAAUUUCGACAUAAUGCCGGCAUGCAUGCUCGCAAGUCGUGACCGCAAAAUGCCGACAUUCUGCCUUCGUUCGUGCCGGUGAUGGGCGAUCGCGGGUGCGGGAAGACAUCCCACCCCGAUGCCUGCAUACGAACGGCAUUAUGCUCGCAUUUUAUCGGCACUCGUGCUGGACAGAUCCACCACGGAAGCAAGCAAAAUGCUCGGUCAUAUGCUCGUCAUAUGACUUUCAUGUGCGGAUGCAAGUGGACCGUCAUGCGUGCCCAUUUCGUGCCGGCACGUUUUCAGCAUUUUCAGAGCACGCUGUUAUCUGGGUUAAUUGUCGGUGUGGAUCUUUGUCGAUCACAUGUUUUGUGGUGGACGAUAGACGGAACGCGACCCGUGACAGUCAUGACUGUCACAUCGCGCGCCAAUUAUGAAAAUGGACUCGACUACAGGCGGAAAAGAAAGAAUAAUUGAAUUAUUUUAUUUCCUUUUAAUAAAAUUGACGAUGAAACGUUUUAAAAAU